AUAAUGGUUCCUCAGUCCAUUAUGCCAACCACCAGCAGACCUCAUCAAACAGCACUGAUGCGAGACAGAUCUCCUGUAACGCUUCAACAGAAGAAAGGCUCCGCGCCACAGUAGCAGAGGCCACCAUGUCCUCCGUGGUAGUCGGAAUGGAAGCAAGACCAUCAAACGCUGCAACGCCGCGGGAACUAACUCAAAACCCGCUCAAGAAAAUCUGGAUGCCAUUGCCUUGUAAAAAUGGCCUUCCUGAUGAACGCAUUUGUCAAAGAAUGGUAUGUAUGACCAACUGUCCCACCCUGAUAGUGACGGUGGGCCUCCCGGCCAGAGGAAAGACCUACAUCUCCAAGAAGCUCACCCGCUAUCUCAACUGGAUCGGGGUGCCAACCAAAGAAUUCAAUGUUGGGCAGUACCGGCGGGAGUGUCUGAAGAUCUACAAGUCCUUUGAGUUCUUCCGUCCAGACAAUGAGGAGGGCCUGAAAAUCAGACAGCAGUGUGCGUCAACAGCACUGAAUGAUGUCAGACAGUACCUUGCUGAUGGAGGCCAAGUUGCUGUGUUUGAUGCGACUAACACCACUAGAGAGAGGAGAGAGACAAUCACUGCGUUUGCUGAGCAGAAUGGCUUCAAGGUGUUCUUUGUAGAGUCUGUUUGUGAAGACCCUGAAGUCAUUGCAGAGAACAUUGUGCAAGUGAAGCUGGCCAGCCCUGACUACACCAACUGCAACACAGAGGAUGCUAUGGAGGACUUCAAGAAGAGGAUCAAGUGUUAUGAGAACUCCUAUGAGACCCUGGAUGAGGUUCUGGACAGGCAUCUGUCCUACAUUAAGAUCAUGGAUGUGGGCCGGAGGUACCUGGUGAACCAGGUCCAGGACCACAUCCAGAGCAGGAUUGUCUACUACCUCAUGAACAUCCACAUCACGCCACGCUCCAUCUACCUGUGUCGCCAUGGAGAGAGUGACCUCAACGUCAAGGGCUGCAUUGGAGGAGACUCUGGGCUCUCACCCAGGGGCAAGGAGUUUGCCAAGUAUCUGCAACAGUUCAUCCAGUCUCAGGAGAUCAGUGAUCUGAAGGUGUGGACCAGCCAGAUGAAGAGGACCAUCCAGACAGCUGAGGCUGUGUCUGUACCCUACGAGCAGUGGAAGGCUCUCAACGAGAUAGACGCGGGUGUGUGUGAGGAGAUGAUGUAUGAGGAGAUCCAGCAGCACUACCCUCUGGAGUUUGCAAUGAGGGACCAGGACAAAUACCGCUACCGUUACCCCAAGGGAGAGUCCUAUGAGGACCUGGUGCAGAGGUUAGAGCCGGUCAUCAUGGAGCUGGAGAGGCAGGAGCAUGUCCUGGUCAUCUGUCAUCAGGCUGUCAUGCGCUGCCUGCUGGCCUACUUCCUUGAUAAGACAGCAGAGGAGCUGCCCUACCUGAAGUGCCCACUGCACACCGUGCUGAAGCUCACACCAGUUGCUUAUGGCUGUAAGGUGGAGUCCAUCUACCUAAAUGUGGAUGCAGUGAACACUCACAGAGAACGCCCAGAGAACGUCAACAUUCAUCGCACCACAGAAGAUGCCUUGCAGACAGUCCCAGCUCACCUCUGAAAUCAAAGCCAAUCGGGUUGAAGUUGGGCCUCUUCUGUCUCCCAGAUUUGUCACUACAUGUGUCAUUACUUGUGGCCCUAGUGGUACAGUCUGGAUGUGAUCUGUUCAACAACCCACUCAGCUGAUAUGUUUUUUUUUUGUGGGGUGAUGUCUUCCACUUCUUCUGCCUCUCUUAGCACAACCUCAUCUGCUUUUGGUGUCUGUGUUCAGAGCAAUGUGACCUGGAGGAUCCAGAGCCUUUUGGCAUCUCAAUUGGCCUGUACUCCUGUCUUUCAUAAGUAUAAUUCUCAGUCUACAGCACAUUCAGUCCAAUUGUUAGAGGUCAGAAUAGAAAUGUGAAUACAAUUAACCGUUCUGCUUGCAUUGUAGGGUUUGGGGGUAUGCAUUCACAGAAUUACUCUGACCUAUUACUGCUCCAAUCUCAUGGUAGGAAGAGGCACAAGUCCUUGGUACUAGUUUGGUUUGUGUGUUAAGGCUUUAUGUACAGCUGACAGACUUGUCUAGGAGAGAAAGGGACUGAAAUGUAUUUUUGUAAAGUAUGAACCCCUCAGUAUCUGUUUCCAUUAACUUGUCCAGUUUUUUUGUGUGUUUUUUUUCGACAUUUGGAAAAUAGAUUAGACAAUUGCCCGCUGCAUAGUGUGUGUCCAUUGACUAUUCUAGUGUCGAUUUUAAAAAUAGCAGGAUGUAAUGUCACACCAACAAAACAAACUAGUAUUGAAUAGAAAUAGUGGUUGAAGUGUUUGUAUUACCCAUUUAGGCAAAUUGUACACCCAUUAAUUGGAGACAGCCUGUAUGCUCUCCAACCUAUCGGUUUCAUGUCUCCGGUAGCCCGCAAAAGUCAGCAUUGAUAGAAUGCAAGAAUUUACCUAUAUUUGCCAUAUUCUCUUAAUUAUCAUGUGCCAACAUAUCGCCUUGGUCUGUGCUGUAAAAAAAUUAAAUAAAAAAUAUGAUAGCAAAAUGUGUAGAAUAGCAAGAAAUUUGCUUAACUGCCAAAUUUUCUCUCAGCCUCAUGGCAUAAUGUGAACAAAAGCAUGAGAUGAGCUAUAAAACAGUAUUUUUUUUCUUCUGUGCCCCAUGGCAAAAAGUGUAGAAUUCCAAAGGGGGGGGGGGGUGGGGGUUAGGGUUAGAAACUUGCAUUCCUGUAGAUCUGAAAAAAUUGGAUGGUGAAACUUGCAUCCAGCCAAACAGAAAAGCAAAAGGCAUAGAAAUUCAGCCUUCUUGAAAGUAAGGAUGACGAUCCUGCAAAUAAAUAUUUUUAUAGUUGAAAAAUGGAUUUAGUAGACAUUUAGAAUUAAAUGUGGAGUGGUACUUCAUAGUUGUGUUGACAUCAAGUGCCCUGCGUACUUAAAUUAUUCGGCAAUCAUAAUUGAUUCCAAAAACACUUUCCACCAUUUGUCGCAAUAUAACAAGUUUGACAAAAGAGUACACCCGUCUAACAGAUUUAUUUUUUGAUCUUUCAAAAAUGUCUCCAUUAUCUGCCGUUUCCAUUACGUCACAAAUAUUUUUUAUGCGACGUUGCUUUUGUCGAAUAAACCUGGGUCAAUGGAAACCUG